UCUUACUUGACCCCCAGAAAAUACCCUGUAUGUAUUGCGCGUAUGAUACGCAUAGUACUAUCCACUGGGGCCUCCGGUUCAAUUGUUCCUUCAGGUUUGUGGUUCAGCUCCACCUAGAGCUACAUCGGGGAUCUCUUCAGAACAUCCAUUUGCAGAAAGCUGUUGUAUAGAUAUAAUUGCUCAUGAUGUCUCCUGUCUGCGCCUUUGUAACAAAUAGCUCUCGAAAGAUAUAUGUACAGAGAUUAUAAUGGUCCCGAGAGUGCUGAAGAUAACAUGUAUGCGGGAAUUGGGCGCCUAAACUGUUGAGUCUUCUUUCACUGCGAGUAUGGCGACACGAAGAAGGGUUGGUGUCAGUAAUGCGACUACGGAGGCUGCGCGCAGGCAACUCAUGCAGCCAGUCGUCUGCUGGGAAAAAGUCUGGUCAACUCCGGAAAAUGCCCCAACCGGUUCUUCACUGAAGGUUUUCAAAUGGGUCAAGACAGAUCGGAUUCCACACUUUGAAGACGAAAACGAAGUAAAUGCACCGCUCGCGCCUUUGCCAGACGAACCGGAAGUUGUGGAAGUUGAAGAAGAAGAAGAAACACAGCCAGUUGCGGAAGAGAAGACGCAAGCAGAAGUAGCAGAAACGUCAGAAGUGAUCCAAGAACCCGAGGAAUCCAAACCCCCAUCUCCGAAACCACAGCUUACUAUGUCAAUGGAGGAUACAGUUGACACCGACAGCGGAUUAGACGUCUCACUCAAUCCUUUGGACACUAGUGGGGUGGGCGGAGAAAAUAUGACUACGGAAAGCAGUAUGGACUUGGACCUAUCAGGUUUGGGGCCUGAUGGUCUUGCUCUCACCGACGUGCAAGAUCUCUCUCAGAUAGAAGGCGAAGAUAGUUUAAUGGGUGGACCCAAUAUGGAUAGCACCAUGGAUCCUUUCGCAGCUGAAUCUACCGUCACGAUGGACGAGAAAUAAACACAUGGGCCGCAACAGACCGUUUCUCAACCAGGUAUUCAGAAAAACACAUUUGAAAUUAAAACAUCUUUGAUAUUUCGACUCAGGAACUGUCUCUCCCCACAUAAAAUCUGUCUUCGCAGCUGCAGCUACAAAAUUGUCAGCUUCGAGCCUUCUCACAACGAAUGCACCCACAAGACAGAGUUUUGACUUCAUCAUUUGCUCUUUGGGGGGUUUCCGCAGGAACAAUCCGGAUAACCACAACCUUCAGCAGGUUUAGUGGUGCAGGUCUGAGGUGUUGCAGGCUGGAUACAAAGAAGUUAGUUGGGUAUUGAUGACCAUUCGUUGCAUACCAUAUUUUAUCUGUUUCCCAGUGGCGAAUUGUUUCA